GGCUAAGGAAUUUUGAGUCGUGGCUGGUUCGUUCUUCUUCUUCUUUGUCGUCAUCAUCUCCUCCAGUUCAGGACGAAGUUUGCUCGCUGAAAAGUUUCGCCUUUCUCCGAUAUUGCUCGAGAUGUGUCCUCCAGCUGUCGCCCCUCUGUUCGAUAUAAAAUAUGUCAGUUCAAAUGAGGAGCUCUUCAAGUUCAUGUUUUGCAUGGCUCGUGCAGACUUUUUUCCGGCAAAUGUGAUAACAGAUGUGAACCCUUUCAACUGUCUACCUGAAACUUUGCCAGAAAAUACGUGGUACUUCACGAACUCAAUGGAGAACAGGGGGGCAGAAGGUGGAUUCUGGAUGCCUAGAGGAGAACCCCGUGAGAUAUUUGGUGAUGCUUUCAUCAAUGGUUGGGAAGAAACUCAUGAAUUCUACGAAGGACGAGGCCCGAAAGUUGAAAAAACUAAUUGGUUGAUGCUGGAGUACUAUAUGACUUCGAAGGUGUCAGGAGCAGCUCUUUCGGCAAGGGAUGCUAAAUCGCUCUGCAAAGUCUUCCGCAGUGGCAGCUUGCCACUAUCUAACAGUGAAAUGCUGCAAAAUGCUGCGGGUACUGAGUUCCAUAGAGAAAACUACCUUUACUCUCUGUCUCCAGAUAAUUUCAACAUACCUACCGAGCAAUGUGUAACAAACCAGAUGCAGGUUAAGACCACUUCCUGCAAUAUAAUGCGGCGUGCAUCCAGUUUCUUUCUUAGCCAUCCCAUUGAAAGUCUGCCUGAGUUGGGUCAUAUCAAUCCUGGUGACUACUUAGAAUUGCUGGACCUUGGCAUUCCACAAUCUCCAUCUUCCCAGUCAGAUAAUUCAAGCUGCAUGACCACGUUGUCAGAUGAAAUCUUUGAUUACCUUGUCGCAAUGCUGGACUCAGAAGUUGAAAGUGGAGAGCAUGUAGAGCAUAGGGAUGCUGGUUGCAACCUUAAUGUCACUGAUUCUUCAAAGCCAGAUGACGUUGUUGUUCAAGCAGCAAUUUCAGGAUUGCCUAUUAAAGAGAGAUCUUCACAGAAUGCCAGAGAUGGCAAACCAGUCAAUAGGGAUGGCAGUCCACCAUUGACUUUAGCUUCUCAGAGCCGCCAACUGUCGGACAGUAGCCAGACACCAUCCGCUGAUGGAAGAAACAAGACAGAUGGGAGGCUGAAAAAGCUCAAGAGGAAGUACCUUCCAACAUCCAGUUCUCAGAGUAGCGACGGGUCGAACAGCGGCCGAGCACCUUCUCCUGGUCCUGGCGGAAGAACGAAGACUGAUGGAGCAUUGAAGAAGCUCCAGAAGAAGUACCUGUGCUUCAUGCCAUUCUAGUUCAUCUCUUCAGUACUCAUAGUCACAGAUGGGGCAUGCAGUCAAAAGGCAAAGUUUUGAUGAAGUAGGUCGGCAAUCCUACCACCUGCGCAGAUGUUGUUUGGAUACAUUCUACUUCUCGUGGGGUGGAUUCUUUGUACAUACCAUAUGCUAUUGGACGGAAUAAUGGUGGGUACAUUGAGGUGGCAUCUACCACCCAAGACUAUUUAGUGGAUUAUGGCAUAGGGGGAAAUGGGUUUAUUUAUUCAAUGCCGGAGACAGAUCUGUUUUUUCUAAGCCUAGCUUGAUUUCAAGUACCUGCAGGUGAUAUGAAAAAACAUAUAGACAAAGGAAUGCUAUCUGGACGUGUUUGGUUGGUAUAUGUUAAUAGUAUAAAAGUAGCGUUUCCCCUGUUUUUUUGC